AUGGCUACCAACCUAUUUCCAGGCCCCAGAAUCGAUGUGCUUAGCUGGAACGCCUCGACUGUCUACGUCAAAUGUCCGUACUGCGAGGAGAUACACCGGCACGGCGUCAGGCUUCCAGGCAGACGUUGUUCGCACUGUUACCCAGGUGGCCAAUACGAGUUCAUAUUUCCCAUCGAUGAAAGCAGCGGACUUGUCGGCUAUGAGAUUGACAAGAGAAGGGCCUGUUUUGUGAAUACUGGCGUGCAAACGGGUCAAUAUGAUGAGAAUUCACGUGCUUCAGAAGAAGAUGAGUGCGAACUGAGCGAUCUUUUUCGCUCCACCAUGCACAUCUCAGGCAGAGAUCCAAAGCCAGGGCUGCUUUUGAAUCUCCACGAAGAUUCAAGAGAGCUUGUAACUACCACUUUCCCAGACGGCGACACCUUGGAGCAAAAGAGGAUUCUAUUCGCUAUUUCGGAUUGCAUACUUGGCGACUUGCGUGCAAUAAGCCAAUAUCUCAGCACUUCAGCGGAAACCAAUCUCUUUCUGCACGGGAAAGACGAGACUGGAAACACUGCUCUUGUCCUUGCUGCGGCGGAAAAGAGCCAUGAGAUGGUGUCACUCCUGUUACAACACGGUGCAGAUGCGAACGCUAUCAACAAUGACGGACGAAGUGCGCUUAUGGAGGCGGCGCUCUGGGGCCGAAUUGAAAGUGUGAAAGCGCUGCUCAAAACCAAUGCCGACAAACGCCUUCGAGACUGUGAGGGUCGUUGUGCGAUGGAAUUUGCGCAGCCGAGUCGCCGAAAUGAAAAAGAGAGAUACCAGCGUGCUCCCCAUGCGGCUGAAGAAAGCAUCCUCGAGCGUGAUAGGGACAGACGACAUAUCGUCUUCUUACUCGGUGACUCGAACGCCGAGAAGCAGCGUGGAUAUACCGGACCACUUUCGGAGAGUGAAUGCAACAAGUACAGCUUCAAGAAAUGCCAAUCUGAGAUGGCCAUAACGCUUCAUGGACCACUUUACAGCUACCAUGUGCCACGUAUCACUAAAACUGCCGCCGUUCUCGACAGGGGAGCUCAAUUCGCUCGUAUAUCGGCAACCAGUGGUUGGGGUGCCGAUGCUCUGCCUCUGAAUUGUAAGAUUAGACCGCCCUGGAUCGAGCAAGUCUAUUGUAUCGCAUCCACAAUUGGCCAUGAGUUCCGAGAUGCACCACAUCCAGGAUAUGAUCAGGGCAAACCCGGACAGUAUUUUGCUUCCCAUGCGGAGAAGAAGUUGAUCGCCUACUUCAUAGACAGGCACGUAUUCAUGCCUCAAGACAGGGAGCCUGACCAGAAAUGGGAAGACUCAAUUCUUGAAGCAGAACUCUCUCUUGCAAAAGUGCAGCACUCGUCAGUAGCCUGGGCAAAGGUGUGUGAUCUUGAAGAGAGGAAGGUAGAAUUGGACAGCCAACUCUUCAACGCAGACGACCGAUUGCUGGGUGACUCUUACGAUGAGCAGUAUGUCAAAAGACUGAAACAUGAGAUCUAUGCGAUCGAUGAAGAACUAUUAAGCCUUGAGUCGGACGAUACCGUAGUUGCGAUGAGAGCUCAAGAGGAAAAGAGACGCAUGAUGUUGAAGAGCGAGAAGAUACAUCAAGACUUGAUGGAGCUGAGUAGAAAAGAGCUCCCUAUCUCAUUGAAACGGGCAGUUAUUCUGAGCAGCAACGAGAUUUGCGACGACUGUGACAAGUUCAAGGAGAGUGUAAAUCACCAUUUCCAAUUGGAUAUCGAAAUGCACUGGUGUAUCUAG